ACUAACCUUUUAGAAAAGUAAUUUUAAAUUAAGCAGACUAGCAAAAAUGGCCGAUGAAGAUAUAUCCUUGAAUGAAGACCAACUUUUGGAGAAUUUGGAUGAGGCAAAUGGCGAAAAUGAGUCGGAACUAAUAAACGAGGACGAAACAAAUAUGCAAAUUGAUCCCGAAUUGGAGGCUAUUAAAGCUCGCGUCAAAGAAAUGGAAGAAGAAGCAGAGAAAAUAAAACAAAUGCAAACAGAGGUAGACAAACAAAUGGCUGGUUCAACCACAGGUCUGGCCACGGUGCCACUGUCACUGGAAGAGAAACAAGAGAUCGAUACACGUUCCGUGUAUGUGGGCAAUGUUGAUUAUGGAGCCUCGGCCGAAGAGCUGGAAGCCCACUUCCAUGGCUGUGGAACAAUUAAUCGUGUCACGAUUUUAUGUAAUAAGGCUGAUGGACAUCCCAAGGGAUUUGCAUACAUUGAAUUUGGUUCCAAAGAAUUUGUUGAGACUGCUCUGGCCAUGAAUGAGACACUGUUUCGUGGUCGACAAAUUAAGGUUAUGUCCAAACGUACUAACCGUCCCGGUUUAUCAACAACCAAUCGCUUUCCACGCGGUAGUUUUCGUGGUCGUGGUGGUUCACGCAUUUCAAGGGCCUGCUGUCACACAACUACCUUCCGUGGUGCACGUCGUCCUAUAAGAGGUUAUCGUGGACGCGUCAAUUAUUAUGCUCCUUACUGAUUAAUAUUCUUACCUACGUUUAAUGAUUUUUUUUACAAUAUAUAAUGAUUUCAAAAAACAUUAUAUUGUUGCCAUUCUUCAAAAAAUAUAUAAAAUAAAAACAAACUGAUCCGAGAAAAUAAGCAAAAAAGAAUACUUAUAUAAAAAAUGUGUAUAUGCCAAAAGAUGGGACAAAAAUAAUGCCAAGAAGAAGAAGAAAAGAUACGAAAAAAAUUCAAGAACAAAAGAAGAAGAAAAACACAAACUCAACAAGACUCUACCGAAAAAAAAUCUCAAAAAUAAGAUGCAUACAAAAAAUAAUUAAGACCUAAAUGUGCAUAACAUACUUCGUACUUCUUGCUAGCUAGACAAAAAAACUUAAAUGAUGCAAAACAUUUCAAAACAAAUCCCAAAAGUACAACCGAUUAUAUGAAUGUGGCUAAUAAUGUUUUUUGAAUGAUCAUCACAACCUAUAUACAUAUACUGUAAAUCCUUUUUAUUUUAACCAAAAAAAAAGAAUACCAUUAAAAAAUGAAAAGAACAACAACAUGAAGAAGAAGAAGACCAAAAUGAAAAAAAAAUAAGAAUUCAAAAAAGCUGAAAAAACAAUUUUUUGGAAAAAAGAAGGGAUACGAAAAAAUAAUAUAUACACACUGAAGAAAAAAAUAACUAAAAAAAUGGAUCACAAAAAAGAGAGAUUGAAAAAAAUAUCCAAGAUGAAAAAAAGAUGUCAAGAAGAGCCCUCAUGAAAAAAGUAAAAAAAGAAGAACCAAACAAAAAAAUGAGAAUGCUUGAAAAAAUAAGAAAAGAGAAAGAAGACGACU